AUGCGCCCCAGCGAUCAAGGCUCGCUGGACGUUGUUCCUGCCAACAUACAGAUCAUUAGGGAGAUAGAUCGUUCCAAUGCGUCUUCAGUGUUUGAGAUAGAACUCGAAGGGCGGAAAUGUGCUAUGAAACUUUUUCACGACAACGGGGAUCCAGGAUAUGCCGAUAAUGGUCGAGAUUUGAAUCGAUUUCGCUGCGAACUUAAUGCCUAUAUGAGUCUUCGCGAACAUGGUGUCUGCGAGCGGGGAUUCGUCCCAUUCUUCUACGGCCACAUUGAUCGGAUAAACCCUACCGCGUUCUAUCCAGCUUUGCAACAUUUCGCGGACGAUAAAUAUCAUCCUAAAGCAAUACUACUCGAAUACCUUCCGAAUGCCGAAAGUUUGAAUUGCGAAAACUAUUCUGAGGCCUGUUAUCACCAAGCAAUAGAGGGCAUGAAGCAGAUACACGCUGCUCACGUUCACCACCGAGAUAUAUACCCGAAAAACAUACUCGUUGUUCCCGGCGAAGAAAAGCGGAUGGUAUGGGUGGAUUUCGAUGUCGCAACGACCUUUACGACCGUAGGGUCCGAUGAACAGCGAUAUAGUGAAUAUGAAGAUGCACUUGUUGCAGAGUUCGGGGAUUUCUUGAGAGAAGACCAAAGACAGGGGCGCCGUAAGAAUGACAAGUGGUAUUAG